AUGCCGAAACGCCGUGCCGCUGAUGAGAUCCCUGCCAAGCAGUUCAAGCGCAAUGCCCGGGAACGCGAGCGUGUCGAUCGGAUGAACGAAAUGUACGAAGUACUCCAACGCGCCAUCGUCGCCGAGCCGGGCGUCAAAUUGUCAAAGCUAGAGACGCUUGACCACGCGAUCCGCAAGAUUCACAUGCUGCAGGCCCUGCUCGCUGAGGCUGACCAGGCGGACUCGAAGGCGAAUGUGGCUCAACAAAUGACCGGCUACCGCUACUACCAACCGCCCACAAGCCAUCACGUUUCGCCAACCUACUCAUCAACUUCAUCGGAGGGAUACGAGCCAUCGUAUACGCCGAAUUCGGAGCAGUCGUCGUCCCCGGGGCCCCAAUACUACCACCAAGAAAUGCCGAGCGGUGAAAAUCGCAUUUAUCUACUGCCCGCAAAAGGCGAUUACUCUAUGAAGCAGGACUACUACGACGACAUCUUCCAGAAGUCG